ACACCAAGCUAUCACUGCGCGUCCAGCCGCCAUUUUCCCGGAAGUCGGAAGAAAACAAAGGAAGGAGGCAGACGGGCUUGGCGGCGGGUUCCCCGUAUGUUGUGUGCCCAGAGCCGUAUCGCAGAUCGAAGGAAGCAUGUUCCACGGAAUCCCAGCAAACCCGGGCAUGGGAGCCCCAGCCAAUAAGCCGGAACUGUACGAGGAAGUGAAGCUGUACAAGAAUGCCCGGGAGAGAGAGAAGUACGACAACAUGGCGGAACUCUUUGCCGUGGUGAAGACGAUGCAGGCGCUGGAGAAGGCCUACAUCAAGGACUGCGUCACCCCCAGCGAAUACACCGCAGCCUGCUCUCGCCUCCUUGUCCAGUACAAAGCUGCCUUCAAGCAGGUCCAGGGCCUGGAGAUCAAUUCCAUCGAUGACUUUUGCCGCAAGUUUCGGCUCGACUGUCCGCUGGCCAUGGAAAGGAUCAAGGAGGACCGGCCAAUCACCAUCAAGGACGACAAGGGCAACCUCAACCGCUGCAUCGCAGAUAUUGUAUCGCUCUUCAUCACCGUGAUGGACAAACUGCGCUUGGAAAUCCGGGCCAUGGAUGAGAUCCAGCCGGACCUCCGGGAACUGAUGGAGACCAUGAACCGCAUGAGCCACCUGCCCCCCGACUUCGAGGGUCGGCAGAAGGUUAACCAAUGGUUGCAGACGCUGAGUGGGAUGUCGGCGUCGGACGAACUGGACGACUCGCAGGUCCGGCAGAUGCUCUUUGACCUGGAGUCGGCCUACAAUGCCUUCAACCGCUUCCUGCACUCGUGAGCCGGGCCCCGGUGGAUCUCUUGGGGCCCCAAAAGUCCUGCUUUUUGGAGACGGCCACAUGGCAGGCAGGCCAGCCCUUCAGCGGCCUGCUACCCCCAUUGAAUGUACACCUGCCCCUUUGCCCCUCGGUCUCCCUCCUUUUGAUAAUGAGGGAUAUGUCUCACA